UAAUCCAGCGACGAACGCUUCAUGCCUUCAAGAUCAGACUUCAUAUCAUGGCAGACAGCAUCAGAACUUUUUGAAAGGGAUUGGAGAGGAGAAUUUGAGCUGGAGAGGAUCUGUAUUUACCCUCUUUCAAACUGAAUGCUGUCUUAAAUUUGGGGUGAUGUCACAGUGCUGGUGCAGACAGACCCUGCUCCACCUGGAGCUGGGCAUGCUGGUGGCCAUCCUAGUGGCCGGCAACGCAGCACAGUUCAUCGAGAGGAGGGAAGCUGGGUCAUCUUGCUACGGUGGAUUUGACCUUUACUUUGUGCUGGACAAGUCUGGCAGUGUGCAGCACUACUGGAAUGAGAUAUAUUACUUUGUGGAUCAUCUGGCUCACAAGUUUAUCAGUCCUCAGCUGCGGAUGUCUUUUAUUGUAUUUUCAACAGAAGGAAGGACUCUCAUGGCACUAACAGAAGACAGAGAGCAGAUUCGUGCUGGCCUGGAGGAGCUGCGCAUGGUGCAGCCAGGUGGAGACACUUUCAUGCACAGAGGGUUUCAAAGAGCCAGUGAGCAAAUAUACUACGGGACUGGAGAUGGGUACCGGACCGCCAGUGUGAUCAUCGCCCUGACAGAUGGGGAACUGAGAGAGAAUCAGUUUGAUCUGGCACAAAGGGAGGCCAGCAGAGCACGCCAGCUGGGUGCCACUGUGUACUGUGUUGGAGUGAAAGACUUCAAUGAAACGCAGCUUUCCACCAUAGCUGACAGUAAGGACCAUGUCUUCCCUGUGAACGAUGGAUUUCAAGCGCUGCAAGGGGUCAUUGACUCGAUCCUGAAGAGAUCAUGCAUUGAGAUCCUGGCUGUGGAGCCCUCCAGUAUCUGUGAAGGAGAAACCUUCCAGGUGGUCAUCAGAGGAAAUGGUUUCUCUCAUGCCAGAGAUGUACAGAAAGUUCUCUGCAGCUUCCGCAUCAAUGAUACUAUUACUCUGAUGAAGAGACCUUUGGUGGUGGAAGAUACCUACCUCUUGUGCCCGGCUCCGGUUCUGGAAAAGUAUGGAACGGCGGCUACUCUCCACGUCAGCAUGAAUAACGGACUCAGCUUCAUAUCAAGUUCUGUCACAAUAACUGCAGUCACUUGUUCUGAUGGGACCUUUGUGGCCGUGGCACUGCUCAUCCUGCUGCUGCUGCUGACCCUCGCUCUGCUCUGGUGGUUCUGGCCUCUCUGCUGUACUGUGGUUAUUCAUGAGCCGCCUCCUCCAGUGAUGGAUGACAGCUCAGAUGAUGAGGAUGGCUUUCCCAAGAAGAGGUGGCCCACCGUAGAUGCAUCGUACUACGGUGGCCGUGGAGUUGGGGGCAUCAAGAGAAUGGAGGUUCGUUGGGGGGAUAAAGGCUCAACUGAGGAAGGAGCCAAACUGGAAAAGGCUAAAAAUGCUCGGGUUGUGAUGCCCGCUCAGGAAUAUGACCCACCUCCACCACGGCCUUACUAUAACAUGCACAAGUCCACCCGUCCCCAGAAGUGGUACUCGCCCAUCAAGGGAAAGCUGGAUGCUUUAUGUGUAUUUCUGAGAAAAGGCUACGACAGAGUGUCUGUGAUGCGACCUUAUCCUGGAGACAAGGGCAGGUGCAUAAACUUCACCCGGAGUCAGUCCUAUCCUGCCCCCAGCUACCCCAUCUACAACCAUCCCUCGACACCCGUCUACACUUUACCCCACACGCACCAGCGCCGUCUAUCAGAGGGCAGCAUGUUCCUCCAUUUGCCCCCCUCGCCAACUUCAACCCUGCCUCCUCUGCCAUCCACUCCCCCUCCGGCCUCCUGCAACUCUCCCACAUACACACCUCCUCCCAACAGAACCCUGCCACCCCCAGCUAACGCCAGCCCUGUCUCGGCACCCCCGUCUCCAACUGGCUCGCUGCCUCCUUCUAGAGCCCCCCCUCCAUCACGCCCUCCACCACGCCCCAAUCAUGAGAACCACUAAGGGUUCAAAACUAAAGAACUAAAAAUCUAAGAAGCAUGCAAGUCCAAAAUGGGAACCCGCAAGACCUUAUCACUGUGUUGUAAAUUGUGUCCAAACAGAAUGAGAAUUAGCGACUUUUGUCUUGACAAUGCGCAAUGAACUGUGGCUCUUUUCUCUGAAGUCAAGAUAAGGAAUAUUAAAUGGAAACUUGCACAAAUUUGGCUGUCAGGUGCUAUUAAAGUAAAGACUUUACCCAGUGUAAGAAAAAUGUCAUUUUAGGACUAUUGAUGAGACAUUUAGGUGUAACAUUAGAGCAGAGCACAGAAACCUUUUAUACAUACAGUAUAUUGUAUUUGAUGGUCAAUUUUGAUGAAUUUCUUUUAAUUUUCUGUCUGCAGGAUAAUCGCUUUCUCUUCUUAGAGCUGGCUAAGCUGAUCCCAAUAUAGCUUUUAGACACUGUACAAAUACAGGAGUGGCAGCAAUCUCUCCAUUGAGCUUUGUGGCAUGAAAGCAAACAAGCAUAUUUAUCACAAUAUAGAGUCAUACAUUAGUGACAUUCACAUCUCAGAAGAGUAGUUAUCUAAAUACUAUUAAAAAAAUGCACGAUGGGACACAGUAAAUAUAAUUUUUAUUAUAGUGAAGAUUUUUUUUAAAACCCCAUUUCCCAAAGAGUUGGGACACUGGUUAAAAUGUAAGAAUAAACAGAAUACAUCCAUCCACCCACGUUCUAUACCCCCUUUAUCCUUUGCAGGGUCACAGGGGUCUGCUGGAGUCUAUACUAGCUCAUUAGAGGCGAGAGGCAGGGGUUACACCCUGGACAGGUCGCCAGUCUAUUGCAGGGCCACAUAUAGAGACAGACAACCAGACAUACUCACACUCACACCUACGGGCAAUUUAGAUGCAUCAUUUAAGCUAGCAUGCAUGUUUUUGGACUAUGGGAGGAAGCCGGAGUACCCGGAGGGAACCCACGCAAGCACGGGGAGAACAUGCAAACUCCACACAGAGAGAGUCGAACUACGAACCUUCUUGCUGUGAGGCAACAGUGCUAACCACCAAGCCACCGUGCUGCCUAAACAGAAUACAAUGAUUUUAAAAUAUCAUAAACCCAUAUCUAAUUCCCAAUAGAACAAAUUCUAAAAGUGAUUUCAUGGAAAAUAAAUGGUAAUUAUGAUUUUGAUGGCAGCCACACUAUGGUGCCAUUUCAAUGUCAAAUAUAUUGCGAAUCAAAACCUCAAAUCUGAGAAUCAGAAUCCAAACUCAGACUCUAACCAAGAAAUCAAAAUCUCUAACAGAGUGCAAUCAUCUUCCUCGGUUAUACCUUUCUUUUCUCACCAUCAGUUCUAAAACCAUCUUUGUUUGCUGGUUCUCCAUAACCACGACAAGCAAGUUUUUGACGCUCAUGUCAUGCAAGGAGCUGAGUCCUUCAGUAGUCAAUCAGCUGCUAGAUCUCAGUUAUCCCCCUCCUCCUUGCUGACUGACGGAGCACUGAUUUGACACUUGUUCCAGGAUUGCAAAAGAAAAGCGCAACCUAGAAAGAUGGUUCUAAAAAGGAGAUGGUUUUAGAACUGAAGGUGAAAAAAAGAAAAGUCUGGCCCUUGAAGAUGACUGCACUCUCGUCAGAGAUUUUGGUUUCUUGGUCACAGAUUCUGAGUUUUGGUUCUCAUCUUUUGGGUUUUGAUUCACUAUACAUUUGGCACUGAAUUGACGCCAUACAACACAUCGCAAACGCAUCCAAUUAUGACCUUUGGCCUUGUCUCUUGCUUACAUAAAUUCCUCCUUAUCUCGGAAUCUUCUGAUGACUUAUACGCUGUAGAAGGUGGGAUCUUGAAAGUCAUCACAAUUUUAGGUUGGGGAACAUUUCCUUGAAAUUGUUUCACAAUGAUUCAACACAUUUUGUUGCAGUUUGGUGAGCCUCUGCCCAUCUUUACAUGUGAGAGGUUCCCCCUCUAUGAAAUACUCCUUUUAUACCCAGUCAUGUUACUAGUUGUUUAUUAGUUGUUUUUCAUCUGUGUCAAUUACUUUUCCAGCCUUUUGUUGCUACCGUUCUUACUUUUUUGAGAUGUGUUACUCCCAUCAAAUUCAAAAUGAGCAAAUCAUUUCCAUGAUAUGGCAAAAUAUCUGAUAUGUUGGUUAUAUUCUAUUAGCAAUAAGAUAUGGCUUUAUGAGAUUUGCACAUCUUUGCAUUCAGUUUCUUUAUUUACAUUCUUCACAGUGUCCUGUGAACUGGGGGUUGUAAUUAAAUCGUACAGAGUGCGUUCAGAGAUGUGUCAGCAAGUCAUCUUAAAACAAAGAGGUUACAUCUUUUUCCAAGUAUUACACUGACUAUGAGAUGGUGUUGAAGUUUUGAGAUGUUGUAGAAGUUCUGUCAUGCUGACAAAUGUCACCUGUAGUGGUUCUGUGCGUCACCGAUCCAGCAUCCACAAUUCCAGACUAAAGAUCUGAGUCCUGUGAUCAGAUUUGUUCAUGGCAACACAAUGUGCAAUAA